AUGGACACGUCGGAUCCAGUCGUUUUCGCCAGCGUAGCCACGGCGGCGCUCGUGCUCUUCCUGUUUAUAUGGCGUAUCAUUUUCUUCUUUACCGCGGACGGUACGAGCUUCCCAUUACCCGUCCCGCUCGUCCUAUUCAUCCGCUGCGUUUUCGUCUUCCCCACGGCUGACGGCAGGAAGUUCGAACGGACUCUGCACAAGUUCGUUCUGCAGUUCCCUUGCAUCUCUUACCGCAUCCCUUACCGCAUCUCUCCUUUGGAUCUUCCCCGCAUCUCCCCCGCAUCUCCCCCGCACCCUUCCCCCCCCCCCCCCCCACUCAUCCCCCCCGCAUCACGUGCCCCUCGCGGUCUCCGCGUUACCGCAGCGGACUUGACGCUGCUCCUCAAGGGCCCGCCGCCGCAAGAGGCAUUCGAAGACAAGGUGUCACUUCCUCCGCGCGACCCCCCUUUCCCACCCUUCCUGCUUUCCCCCCCACCCCCCUCUGCGCCCCUCCCCCCUCUGUGCCCCUCCCCCCUCUGCGCCCCUCCCCCCUCUGCGCCCCUCCCCCUACCAGGGCAGGAGCUGGCGCAGCGUUUCGCGGCGAUGGGCGCGCGGCUGAUCCUCUCCUCGCGCUCCGCGGAGCGCCUGGAGGCAGUGCGCGCCUCGUGCCGGGGGAAGCACGCGCCGGAGGGGAUAGUGGUGCUGCCAUUCGACCUCAAGGGGGGCGCGGACGUGCUGCGCGGCGCAGUGCGCCAGGCGGAAAGCGCGUUCCGCGGGGAGGGGGAAGGGCCGUGCGGGGUUGACGUGCUGGUUCUGAAUGCUGCUCAUCCCCGCCCGAAGCUCACUUGUGAGGACACUCCUGAGGACACUCUCCGGGGCAUGUUAGAGGUCAACGUGGUAGCCACCAUAGAGCUAACGCGGUACCUGCUGCCAUGCAUGAUGCAGCGCAACAAGGGGCAGAUUCUCGUGGUGAGCAGUGCAGCAGGCAAGCUCCCAGCGCCCACGCAGGGCGUCUACGCCGCCACCAAGCACGCCCUGCAUGGGUACUUCAACACGCUGCGGUACGAAGCGGUGCAGCACGGUGUGGCCGUCACGCUCGUGUGCCCCGGCCCGAUCGCCACUGAGGGCUCUGCUGAGGGGGCAAUCAAAUCCGCAUCCAAGCCAUCUGCUGAUCAGGCACAUGCUGCUGCUGCUGGGGAAGACGAAAAGGACUCGCGCAUGCCAGCAUCGCGAUGUGCAGAGCUCAUAGUGAGCGCUGCUGCUUGGAGGCUAGAAGAAGCAUGGAUCUCCAGACAUCCGGUGCUGCUACUCAUGUACCUCGCGCAGUAUUUCCCCGCCACCUGCAGCAUGCUCUUCAGAAAGAUUGGUCCCAAGAGAGUGCAAGCACUCAAGACCGGCAGCAGCAACAUGUACUCUACAAGCCUCCUAUUCACCCACACAUCCUCCCCUUCUUCCUCAUCCUCUUCCUCCUCACUCACCUCACUCUCCUCCUCCCCCGUCUCCAUCUCCUCUACCUCUUCCUCCUCGAGCCGCUCACCCUCUCCCACACACCUACCCCGCGCCAUUAAACCCCACAAGUCCCUCUCUUUCUCAUCCCUCACUCACACACCCUCUCACACAUCCUCGCACAAACCAGUGCAACGAUCCACCACCCCCUCACCUCAUUCCUCCCCACCUCGCUCCUCCUCCCCUCUUUCCUCCCUCUCCUCUCCGUCUCUCUCCCCCUCGUCCCUCUCACCCGCCCUCUCUCCCCGCCGUUCACCCAUCUCGGUCCUCCCCCAUCCCUCCUCGCAUCAAACCUUGUCUGCUACCAAGCCUCCCCUUGACUUGUACAAUUGA